AUCUCUAUUCUAAUUCUAUCUAACCUCUCUUGUUACUUGUACUUUUCGAUGUCGAUAGCUUGAACAAAAUUUUAGUGGCAAAUUUUUAAUUUCUUUCCAAAAAAGUUAACUAAAAAAGAAUAAACAAAAUAAUUAAGAAAAAAUUGAAUCGGUAUAUUUUGUUUUUGUUUUAAUCUACUUUUGGCUUUUGCUGGUGAAAGUGGAUAAAUAAAUUAUAGAAAAAACAGCAAACUCUCGUCUGCCGAAAAAAUUGUCCAUUUGUUCAAAAGUGAAAAUGGCGUCUCAAGUUGCUAACAAAGCUGGAACAGGUUGGCCACGGCGGAGCAGCCAGGGGCAAAUUGAAGGAUCAUCUAAUAAUAAACUAAGCCAAUCGUUGACGAUUAAUAGAACAAUAAAUUUAUAUCCUUUGACAAACUACACCUUCGGUACAAAAGAACCUCUCUUCGAAAAGGACCCCUCAGUGCCGGCACGAUUCCAAAGAAUGCGAGAUGAAUUCGACAGAAUCGGAAUGCGCCGCUCAGUGGAAGGUGUCCUGCUAGUUCACGAGCACGGUCUUCCUCAUGUUUUGCUCCUACAACUGGGUACAACAUUCUUCAAACUACCCGGAGGCGAACUUAACGCUGGAGAAGAUGAAGUGGAAGGUCUGAAAAGACUUCUUACAGAGACAUUAGGCAGACAGGAUGGCGUUAAACAAGAUUGGAUUGUCGAGGACACCAUCGGAAAUUGGUGGCGACCGAAUUUCGAACCACCACAAUACCCCUACAUCCCACCUCAUAUCACCAAACCCAAGGAACACAAACGACUGUUUUUGGUACAACUUCACGAAAAGGCGUUAUUUGCCGUACCUAAAAACUACAAGUUAGUCGCAGCACCACUUUUCGAAUUGUAUGACAACUCGCAGGGUUAUGGACCCAUAAUCUCGUCAUUGCCGCAAGCGUUAUGCAGAUUUAACUUCAUAUAUAUGUAAAGCGAGCCAAUUCGGGACAAGAAGUUACAAAAGGUUUAUGCAUAUUUAUAUGAACAAAAUAAAAUAAAAAGAAUUUUACUAAAUGCUCAUUCAAAAGUCUUUUUAAAGCUGAAAUUGACAUUUAAAUUAAUGCAGAUUGUAUUUGUGUGUAUUUAGUUUAUCAACAAAUAAAUAUACUAUAGUGUAAAAUAUUUAAAAAUAAAAAAUAGCAAUAGAGUAUAAAAAAUA